AUGACGAAGGACGGCGCGUACGACCACGUCGUUCGCGGCCGGUUGGCGCUCAAGGCGACGACGACGACCGCGAAGAAGGCGAAAAAGACGAAAAAGGACAAGCGGGAAAAGGGCGAUCGGGAGCGGUCGGCGAGCGGGAAGGCGACGGCGAAGGAGGAGACGCGAACCAAGGCGGAGCUGGCGUACGAGGCGCACUAUAAACGCGCGAGAGAGGCGCAGAUGAUCAAGGAGAUGGCGAGUAAAUCGCACAAGGAUAAGGUGCGGGAGUUCAACGAGAAGCUGAGCAAGCUGAGCGAGCAUCACGAUAUUCCCAAGGUUGGACCGGGGUGA